AUGCCGCACUUUUCACGGUGCCUGUGCGGGGGCACCCACCUCUGCCCCUCGCCCCCGGCCGUCUCUGCUGCUUUAGUGCGGUGGUUGACGUACCGCCAGGGGGUGACAGGGGUGUCAGCGCUUCUUGCGCUGUCGUUGGCCGUGUUCGAUUUGCUAUCGAUAUAUAAAAACGACAUCCACGUCCAGCUCCACCUAGUCGCACUAGCGGCAACAUCAGCCGCGAUAUUUUCUUCGACCUCCACCUUGGCCAAUCCGAGUAUUUUCGUAAACAACGACGCCGAUUCCGGGCUCGGCCCUGGUGCAAAGCGUACACCAUUCCAUGGUAAAUAG